AUUGCUUGGAAGAGUUUCUGAGUUCAGUUCUCAGACGCACCUCCAGUCGAAUGGUAGAGGUUCAGCAAAAUGAACAUCGAUCGCUUAUCGCAGACGUUUAUCUUCGUGGUUUUGGCGUUGGUUGUGGAUAUUUCCGCUUAUGAUGGCCGCUACAGCCCGGUCUUGCGGAACAGUUACAGCAACAUCUGUCCGAAACCGGAGUUUCAGAAUGGUUUCAUACGGAUGCGACUUCGUGGAAAGUAUCUCCGUUUUGAAUGCUACGCAGAUUUCACGCUUGUGGGAUUACCGCUUCUUUUGUGUAAGAAUGGACGUUGGAACUCCCAAGUUCCGAUUUGUGUCAAACCUGGUUGCUCCGAUCUAUCGGCUGUGGAUAACGGAUUUAUUUUCUACAACAAUAUGAAAGCGGCGGCAACAUUGUUUUGCGACAGCGGAUACAAGUUGGCUGGAUCUAUGUAUAGCUAUUGCAAUGGAACUGCCUGGGAUCGUUCACUGGGAAGUUGUCGUCGAACCAAUUGGACCGUGGCAGUGGCCUGCGACUUUGAAGUGAGCGAUCUAUGCGGAUGGGAGAGUGAAGCCACUCACAGGCUAGAUUGGGAAAGAAGUUCUGGAGAUGCGUCGCGCCGGGCACGCAAAACCGGUCCAACACACGAUCACACUACAGGAGAGCCGUUGAAUGGUCAUUUCAUGAUGGUAGAUUCAUCGCAAGCAAAUAUGAACGAGACGGCGCGUUUCAUUUCUCCUAUCUACAGCACAAACUACAGUAAAAAUGCAUGCUUUCGGUUAUUCUAUCAUAUGUUCGGUGACGCAGGCACGCUCGCUAUCUACGUAAAGCCACUCAGUGUGAAUUUGAGAGAAAUGGCGAAGCAAAGCGCACCGUUCAGUGUGAGUGGUAACCAAGGCAACGCGUGGAUCGAGGGCUGCUUGGAUUUAGAGCAGCAAAACGAAAGCUUCCAGAUCGUGAUUCAAGCAUCGUUGGGGAUGCGAUACAAAAGUGAUGUAGCAAUCGAUGACGUUCAACUGUUCGGUGGCUGUAAUUGCAAUAGUAAUGGCACAUCCGAAGAGCCGGUUACCGAAAGUGAUGAUGAUAUGUUUCAAAUAGACUCGUGUGUAGGUCGUUGCGGCCAAGAUGUGUCGGAUAGUAGUGACGUUGGUGAGCGAAGCAUGAUUCAUUGCGGCUGUAAUAAUGAUUGUAACGAGGACAACACUUGUUGUCCUGAUUAUGUGGAGCUUUGUGUUCCUGAUGAGUCGACUGCCGCGGACGGUUACGAAGACCAGUUCAAGUUUCCAGUGACACCGAAACCAAUCGGAUCAAACUCUUGCAAAGCUAUGGAAUUCAUGGGAAUAUUUUUGAUAAUUUUAAGUAUUAUUAUGGCCAUGAUUUGCUUCAGUCAAACUUCUAGAUCCCAGAUAUCAAGUAUGUUCAGGAAAAUAAGGCCAAACCGCGUAGACGAUGCCUUUGGUAUGGCAGAAGAUGUGCAGUACUUGGCAGUGAACGACACCAUCAGUAACUUUUCUGGAGAUAAUGGAAGUGUUGCUAGUAUGCGGUUACCAUAAUCAUCAUCACCUGAUACUACUGACCAGUUCCAAAUGAAAAAAAAUAUAUACCUUGAUGUUGUUAGCAUAAAAACCGAUUCUAUUUCAUUACGCUUCGAGCCAUGCAUCGAACUCAGCUCGAUCCCAUAAAAACCAUUCAAAUGGAGAGAAACAUUUCAGCAUUCAGUCUCUCAGUUUAGUGACUCUGCCUCUCUCUGUCGCCAUAAAAU